AUGUACCCUCCUCCCCCGGCCCCGGCUAGCUUCGCCUCUCGGGAGGAGCUAGAACAGUUCGCUUGGGCGGUUUAUGACGUCCUAGCCGGUGUGGCGGGGCGCUUUUCCAUUCGACCCGGCAAGCACAAUAAGAGCGCCUCGUGGUGGUCGGAGGGACUUGCCACAGCCAGGGAGACCAACCCGGUGGUAUAUCGAAAGCUCUGCAAGGAGGCUAGAGUCAACUUCUACAAGGAAAGAAUCUCCACUGCCACCUCCUCGGCAGAGUGGGGAAGGAUACUGAGGUGGCGCAAAGAUGCCCCUGACAACAGACCAAUGGUUAUGAUCGUCGACGGUAGGGUAGUGUCGGACACGGAGCAGGUGGCAGCGUACCUAGCUACCCAGGCCUUUCGGCCUGCCGGGGCUCAGGAGGGCCCCCGCCCGGCCUGGCUCGGCCCCCGGCUACCCCUUGAAUGGCCGACGCGGCUGGCUGCCCCACUCAGUGAUGAGGAGCUCAAGGACGCCUUCUUCGGAGCCUUGGUCAAUCAGCUGUGCACCAAGGCCCGAGGGCUCGGCCUCAAGGUCGACCCGAACAAGACUGAGGUCCUCUACAUCCUCCCCCGCGGCACCGGAGCGAGGCGUGGCAGGAUCGACCCCACAACGAUCUCGACUCAGGUGGAGAGGACGUCCUUCCUCCCUGCUAACCCCAAGAUCUUCGACGCGGUCGUCACCCCUUCUGUCACAUGGACACGGCAGUCCAAGGAAAGGGAUGUCCCCGACUGCCAACACGAGGGACACCAGAGACAGGAUGAUUGUGAGCGGCACAAAUACGUGGUUGAUCCCGGAAGAUGUCUAGAGCCGGAUGACCGAAGAGAAUGA